AUGUGGCUAUCUGAGUCGCAAAAGUUUGGCGUCGCCUUCACGUUCGGCGGGUUCCUGUUCUUUACCUUUGGCGUGUUCACCUUCUUCGACCGUGCGCUGCUGGCGCUGGGCAACAUCCUGUUUCUCGCGGGCGUUCUGCUGAUCAUCGGCCCGCAAAAGACGUAUGUUUUCUUCACCAGGCCCACCAAGAGACGCGGCUCCGUCUUCCUCGUGUUCGGGGUGGUGCUGAUUCUGAUGAAGUGGACCUUUGUCGGGUUCCUGGUCGAGUCGCUCGGCAUCGUCGGGCUGUUCGGCGACUUUUUCGGCGUAAUCGUCCAGUUCCUCAGGUCCCUGCCGCUCGUGGGUCCGGUGCUGUCGCACCCGGCAGUGGCACCGAUUGUAGAUAGACUGGCGGGCAUCCGGGUGCUUCCCGUGUAG